AUGGGAGCUACUGAUUAUCGGGACCAGCCUACGGAGUCGUCACGCUCAACUACAGUCGUCCCUCAGCCAGCUGUAGGCGCUUAUUCGGAGGACGACUCAGACCCCUUGGAGGAUCUUGUCGGGCCGUUGCCUCCCCAAAAGGACGGCCCCAUUCGUCCGCGUGGUCGAGGUGCAUACAAAGCCAGCGGAAGCAAUAUUGACGCGCACUUUGCGCCCAACUACGAUCCGACCCUCGACGUUGCACCCGAGGACGAUCCCGAAUUUUCCACAAACAAGCCCACCCGUCGUCCUGUUUCCGGUCUCAUGACAGCUGAAGAUGACUGGGAUAUGGCCCUCGAAGCCCUGCGUGAUCGACAAAGCUGGAAACAGAGUGGUGAGGAGCGGCUACGUGCCGCUGGGCUCAACGACGAGGUUAUCAGUCGGUGGAAACAGAAUACAAGUGUUUCGGGCGCAGGCGAUCCUGAAGCAAAUCUGGACAACUUUCGGUGGGCGAAGUCAGGCGAAGGUCGUGAAUGGGACCGGGGCAAGGUCGUUGACUCGGAUGGUCACGUUGAGGUGCGCCCUACCUGGUGA